AAUUACACGCUGGAGCUCUAGAAGAAAAAGACGCCCUUUCCGUCCUAACUCUUGGACCGGGCGCUAGCUUCCCGAUUUUGCUGAACCUUAUAUGAAACCUACGUUUAAUACUUAGCUGAGCAGGUGCAACGCCUGCGGAGCGGGGCAUUUGCGAACCAACUGUUCACGCGGAGUGCGCGGCUGGAGCGCCUUUGCCGCGCGUUGGCGUCGUGGCAUGAAGAAGAGGAGAUGCAGUAGCCUGAUGGCAGGCCGGCGCGCUGUGGUUGCCAACACUGCGCUGCUUGUGGCGGUGCUGGCCUUCUGUGCGCUUGGAGGCGCACAGGCCGCGUGUCGCGUACGGUUAGAGCUGGACGGGGCCGCCUCUCCGGUCGUGCUUACCGGCACAAACGCGCUCUCGCGCGUGGGCAGCACCUCUACCCCGCUCUCCUCUGACUCCAAGUUUGAGGCGAACGUACCACGAGCCUGGACGGGGUCCUUGUACGCGUAUGCGGCGUUGCUGGCCGCCUGCCCCACCGACCGCGCGGGCUGGGUUACCGCAUGGCCCCAGUUCGUGCUGACCUCCGCGACAUCACCCAGCACGUACAGCCCGCCCCUGCAGCUCUGGCCGGCGCUGCAUACUGGGAAGACGGCGGUGGCCGGCCUGGGCGGUGCGCCCACGUACGACUACAACAUCUCGGACUUUCGAGUUGACAUGCGUGUGGAGGCUGUGGCCGGGCCUGCGUCCGCGCCCGUGCCAAGCGAGGGUUGGGUAAACUUCACUGCGGGCCCGGUGCGGACCACGCUCGUGAAUGGCUGGAUCAGCAGCAGGAACAGCGUCACCGGCGACCGCUAUGACAACCUGGCGAACUACACCUGCAACAUCACGUCGGCACCGCUGGGGCUGGAUGUGCGGUCGGAGGGUGGCCGCAACACGCUGUACGUGCAGUUUCCGUCCUUGCCUAUCCUGUUCCAGGCUGUGUCACAAAUUAUUGUGUUCAGCAGCCCCUACAACUCGUUCGCCAACUUGACCAUUGACGGCCGCAUCACCGCCAAGGCGCUGCUGGAUUGCCCCACCUAUUGCGGCGACUAUGGCAGCUGCGUGCCGGGCAGCGGCAGCAGCUCCGUAUGCUCGUGCGACUGCGGCUGGACAGUCUCGAGCAGCGGCACACAGUGCAUUGUCCCCUGGGGCUUCUGCCCCAAGCCGGGCGCUAAUGCCACCAGCGGGAGCGCGGCGAUCGUGUCUUCGCCCUCGCCCUCGCUCGUAACCAGCCCGUCGCCAGCGCCCACUUGCGUUCCGGCCAACAGCAGCAUCGGCAGUGGCGCGGGCGGCAGCGCCAACCUCCGGUCUGUGUCGCCUGUGAACGGCGCGUGCCCGCUCGGCUUUGACUGGGAUCCCUUCGGCGUCCUGUGCAACUCCUGCCCCGCGGGCUUCAGUGGCAGCGGCUGCGCCACAUGCAAUUCGGACGCGGCGUGCAAGGCCGCCUCCAAUUCCUCCACCGCUACCUGUUCGCUGAGCCCGGUGUACCGGCCACGCACCCUGAGCAAGGUGUACGCUUGCGACAUCCUGGACGCCACGGUCAGCGGCAUCCUGGGCUCCACCAUCGACUUCACGUGCAACACCACCCGCCCGGCGGCAGGCUCCGACAUCUCCGCUGCCACGGCGUCUGUGGAUGCUGGCCGCCUGACCACCGACACGCCUGUGGGCACCACGCCUUCCUGCAGCCUCAGGUUCCGGCUGUCGGGCAUGCCGCGUGAUGCCGCCGUCAUCUGUACCGGCUGGGCCUGCGAGUUCACCGUCAACACCACGCGCGCCUACUGCCCGCUCAUUCGCUGCGAGUGCCCCAAGGGCUGCUCCAACGCCGAGGGCACCAUCACUGAGGCGACGUUCAAGAACCUCAACAGCGCCGUCAGUAUUGCGUGUGGUGCGGACGCGGGGAUGGAGUCCACCUCCUCUCUUGACGGCACUACGGGCUGCAAGCUCGAGCUGACGGGCCUGCCCAUCACAGCCAUCCCCACAAGCUGCAAGACCGCCGAGUGCAUUGACCCGGUCAACGGGGUAAUUACUGUGACGUUAGAGGCGGAGGAGUCGCAGCCCCCAUUGGCGGUGGCGCCUAUCAUCGCCUGGGUGCCCAGCAUGGUCUUGGCGCUGGUGGCGCUGACUGCAGGGCUCGCGGUCGCCGCCUUCGUACGCGCCUCCGCACCCGCCGGCGUCCAUUUGGCCGCUGGGCCGCAAGCGGCUGGCGCGGCGUCAGCCGGCCCCGUUGCGGAGGGCGCGGAGCAGCAGGCGGCCAGCGCGGACCCCGCAGCCGAGAGCGCCUCGGCGCCGGCGGACGUGGAGGCAGGCAGCUCACAACACCGUAACGGGGUGGACCCCCCCGUGCUGCCGGCAAUGCUGCCAUCGGUCCUACCCGCGCUCAAGACUAGCCCUAGCCAGCAGCAACAGCAACCCCAGCAGCAGCUGCUCCCGGGGCAGCUGGUGACCCCGGCGUGCGGCACGCCCCGGCGAGACGCAGCCGGGUCUGUGUCGGAGUUGCAUGAGCACGCCCCGCACGGCCACAGCCCCGCAGGCGACCAAACGGGCAGCAGCAGCGUGGGUAACAGUGCCAGCAGCAAGCUGACUGGCAGCACUGCCGGCGGCGUGGGCCGCGCGCUGGUGGCGCUGCCGACGGGGGCUGAGUCGAGCGCUAAGGAGACGCGGGCAGUUACGGGUGGAGCUCAAGACGUCAGCAGCGAGCCGGCAUCAACAACGCGGGCGGUCGCGGGCGAUUAUGUACUGGUAAAGGAGCUCAGCUGGCACGGUUUGACGGUGGCGACGCAGCCGCAACGCUCCUGGCUGCGGCCCUGGCACGUGCGGCCCUCGGUGACGCUUUUGGAGAACGUGUCAGGCCGCGCCGUGGCCGGCGAGGUGCUGGGCAUCCUGGGCCCCAGCGGCAGCGGCAAGACCACGUUGCUGAGCACGCUUGCAGGGCUGGUAGGUCCGGGCCUGCACUGGCGCGUGGGCGGCUGCGUGGCGCUGGACGGGCGGCGCGUGGCGGCGGCGCGGCACCUGGCGGCGCUGGUGGGGCACGUGCCGCAGCACGACCUGUUGGCGCGCUCGCUCACCGUGGCGGAGUGCGUGGCAGCCAGUGCUGUGCUGCGCAUGAGCAGCGGCGAGGUGGCCAUGGGGCGGCGGCACAUGGAGGCUCGCAUCCAGGAGGUGCUUGCGGAGCUGGGCAUACAGCACCUGGCCACCCGCGUCGUCUGGCACGGCGGAGGCGGCAUGACGCUCACCGGCGGCGGCGGCAGCGGGGGCGGCGGCGGCGGCACGCUGUCCGGCGGCGAGCGGCUGCGCGUGGCCGCCGCGCUGGAGCUGGUGACAGACCCGCCGCUGCUGCUGCUGGAUGAGCCGCUGUCCGGCCUGGACUCAGCGACGGCGCGCGCCACCAUGGCGGUACUGCACGGCGUGGCGGCGGGCGGCGUCGCCGGCGGCGGCGGCAUGGCUGGCGGCGGCGGCAGGUCGCGCGCGCCACGCGUGGUGGUCAUGUCGCUACACCAGCCGUCAGAGGCGCUGUUCGCGGCGCUGGACAGUGUGCUGCUCAUGGCGGCGGGGCGCGUGGCUUACUUUGGGCCGCCGGGCGGCGCGGCGGCGGCGCUGUCGGCGGCCGGCGUGCCGCUGCCGCCGCCGGGUCUGCCGCUGGCGGACCACCUGCUGGACCUGGUGGUGCCGGGCGAGCACCAGAAGCCCUGGGGCCUGGGCGACAGCGAGGUGCGGCGGCGCUUGCAGGAACACUGGGGCUCCAGCGCAGUGGCACAGGGCCUGGCGGCGGCUGCGCCGCCGCCUACGGCGCUGGCGCGCUCCGCGCGCGGCGGCGCCGAUGCUGCCGCGGGCGAGGGUGCGGGCGAGGGUGACUAUGUGCGGCGGCUGCUGCGUGAGCGCGCCGGCGGCAGCGGCUUCGGCGCCAGCGCGCGGCGGUUGUGGCUGGAGCUGGGCGUGCUGACGUGGCGCGCGGGGCUGGACGCGCUGCGCAACCCGUCCAUGCUGCUGCUGCACCUGGUGGUGACUGGCAGCAUUGGGCUGGUGGUGGGCGGCGUGUUCGCGGACACCGACUUGAACGUGUCGGGCGCCCAGAACCGUGUGGGCGCCAUCUUCUUCGCGGUGAUGCUGCUGGCGUGCUUCGCCACCAGCGCCGUAGACGGCGUGUUCCCGGAGCGCGCCAUCGUUGACCGGGACCUGCUGCGCCGCUCAUACGGCAUCACGCCGUACCUGGCCUCCCGCCUGGUGCUGGAUGGUGUGCUGCUGCGCGCGCUGCCGGCCUGGUGCUUUGGCCUUCCAUUCUACUUCCUGAUGGGGCUGCGAGACCAGGCCGCCGCGUUCUUCACCUUCAUGGGCACCUUCGUCACCAUGUCCUGCCUGUCAGGCGCCACUUGCAUCGGCCUGAGCUUCAUGCUGUCGUCGCCCGGAAAGACCGUGCUGGUCAUGAACCUGCUGCUGCUGGUGUGCGCGCUGUUUUCCGGCUUCCUCGCCAACAAGGACAGCAUCGUGCCCUGGCUGCGCUGGCUGGUGUACGUCAGCCCCAUCCGCUUCUCGUGGGAGGCUCUGGUCAUCAACGAGCUGUCGCCGCUGGUGCUCAACUUCUCCUCGCCGGACCUGCCUCAGGGCCUGCCCGCCGUCAAGGGCACGCUGUUCUUGUCGCUGUUGGGUGUGAACAGCGACAUGCUCAACACCGACCUCAUAGUGCUGGGCUGCAUCUACGCCAUCAUUGUGCUCAUCGCCUUUGCAGCGGCGGGCCUGCGCCUGGUGAACCUGCGCGGCAGCUGGAAAUGAACCCAACUCAAGUCCUGAAGCGGGCAUAGGCAACAUAUCUAGAAGAUUGCGUUUUGGGGUUUUAAAGGGCGCAGGGGGUUGCUAGCUAGUCUCAAUAUAGCUAGUCGCUAUCCCAAUUUAUGUUCAAGCCGUUGCACCAUGCGGGUGGUACCCUUCACUCUCCCCGAGCCAUUUCUUUCACAGUCGUAUGUCCGGUCUUCAGGUGCGAGCUGGGAUUGCCCCCUCGUGCCGGGGUGACUUACUUUCGUGGGUUAGUCCUGUGCCAUGCGGCGUAGUGGGCUGGAUUCCCAGUUGCCGAAGUACUAUUUGCAUAGGGUACUGCUCCGGGUGCAUUUGCAGGCUGGGUUGCACAUGUGCGAAGGGGAUGCGGCCACCCAAUGUCAAGCAGUGCGGUGCAAAUUGCACCUGAACAGUACCCGAAUGUGUGAUUGGAACCUUGGCGAAACAAACCGAGUCUGCAUGCAUGGGGGUGUUGGGCAAGUGUUGGGGUGUCUGCUGCCGACAGCGGCAUUGGAGUGAGGGAUUAGGCGUUGCCUGAUGAUGACACGUUUAAUGCGUGAGUGUGUCGUCGGUGCACCUGGUCUAUUGAGGGGGACAGGAAGGUUUGUGUUAACUCACAUAUCUUGUCCUGCUUGUGAAAGUAAGGAGGGUGCGGAACCUUUACUCCUGCCUUAGUAUCACCUGUCCGGGGCUGAACGGUGCUGUACGCGCUCGCCAGGUUGAAGCCAUGUUCGGGGCAAGAAUGUGUCAUCGGUGUCGCAGUGUUAGUCUUAAAAGCAUUCUCGAUAAUGGGUGCACCUGGUCAUUCAGAAGGAUGGGAACCAGGGGAGGGUUGUUUUCGCGCACUGUGGGCUUGAUUGUGAGCCAGAAACCGAAACCAACGUGGCGACGGACUUGAAGCUCUGCAGGGAGGGGGUACACAAGGCAGCAGUGCUGCAGAAGGGGCCCUUUUGUCCACUUAAUCCAUUGCUUUAUCCUGACCACCAAGGGUUGGGCAGGGGGCUGAAGGCGGGGAAAGGGCGCUGACGGGGGGGGCUGACACAGGCGGGCGGGGACUGGCGGGGAAAUGGGGCCGCAGUGUGUCUCCAUCCCGCUUUUAUUGACGAGUGUUGCGUAACUAAUGCGGGCGCGGCAUAGGGGCGCGGCAUAGGGGCGCGGCAUAUCUACACCGAAAACGACCUGCCAUGCGCGCUACACCUACACAGUGCCAACGGAGCCACGUAUAAGUCCAUGAAGUGCUGUUGAAAGUGUCAGGCACUUGAUCCUCAUUUGAGUCUC